CUAUGAAAGAAGUGGUUGGCUCAUUUAACAGAGAGGUGGGACUUUUAGGCCGAGUCUAAAAUGCUAUUGGCUGGUUCAGCUUAAGGGCGGGUCUAUACGUGCUGAGCGCUACGCUACUAUUUUCCCCAUUCACUCCUAUAGAAGUGGAAGUCUCCACCUUCUGCAAUAUGUCUCUGCCUGUGGGUUCGGUGCUCGUGAGGUUCAUAAACACGACAGCUAGUGCGAUACAUUAAAAUUUGUCUUUUUAAGCAAAUGUGUUUCGAUAAUUUGUAGUUCUUUGCGUGAACUGUUUGCAUAUGGUUUGGGUUUAGACGUCCUCAAGAUUGAGCAAACUAGACAUCCAUGUCCUCAUCACAAAUGGAUGAACAGAAAACACAAGCAAACAAAAAGCUGCCUGAUCCCUAUGAAGAUCUUUUACUACCUGAAGGCUGGAAGCAUACCUUGCCGAAAGAGCAGCAACUCUGGGUCAGUAAGGCUCUGUUCCGCAGAGAUGCAUCUGGAAAGCUGAUGUUGACUGAACCUCUCCAGCUGUGGUGGUCGAAUCCUGGACCCCCGUCAAAAUAUUCACAGCCUCCUCCUUCUCCUGAGCCGUUCUUCCACAGCAGGCUGUUCUUAUGGAUGCCAUGUCGCAUGUGGGCAUACAAACUGUGUUGCACAAAACCAAACUGCCGCCGUCUCGGGAAUCAUUUGAAGCCUUGCGGACUGCACAACACCGUCAGAAAGGUUUUGGACAUCAGCGGCUGGUAUUUCAUGGUCACAGAGUAUUUGGAGUGCUGUUCCUGUAGGAAGAAGGUGGCGGGCUGGUCGCAAGAUAUUAUGGAUCAGUUGGAUCCCAUCCAUUGUGAUAAAUUCCCAGCAGUCCUAACCAACAGGUUGUCAUGUGAUAAGGAGCUGGUUCGGAUGAUGCAGUGUCAGACACCAGGGAAGAGUGCAGUGGCACUGUACCGCCAUCUUUGUGUUCGGCACAAAGAGCGGUGGGUGGCUCAAGCUGCCGAGUACCUCUCUGUACUGCAGAAAUUUCAAGAUCUCAGUGGUGUGAUGGUCAAAGUGCCGCAGAUGGUACCAGUGCCACCGUCAUCAAUGCUUUUGGCAGUCUAUGCAAAAGAUGCACUCACACGGCUCGGAGAGUUGAAAGCCAGAGUCACUUCAGUUUACGGCUCCAUCCUGAAGAUGACUUCCGUCAGGAAGGUCACCAAGAAACAGGAUUCAGCUGUGUGGACCACAACUGUAGGAAAUGAAAACGAGCAGGUCCUAAUGUGUGUACUGACCCAAACCGAAGGUGAGGACUUGCAUCCUAUGUGCUCUGGCUUGAUGGAGCGAUACCAGCGAGCCGGAAAACCUCCUCCACAACUCCUCUAUGUAAACCGUGAUUGCUGUUCCACCACGAACAAAGGAAAAACAGCAGCCAUGUUCACCGAGUGGGACCGGCUCAUCAUCAGGCUGGAUGCGUGGCAGUUCAUGCAGCAUAUUUCAGCAGGCAUCAACUCAGAAAACCACCCACUCUAUGGCACCUUCAUGGGACGGCUAUUCUCCUGUAUCUUUGAAUGGGACGUUGGAGAUGUUAAAAGACUCCAUGAAGCCAAGCGACAGGAGAUGUGUCAAUCUACAGAUGGCAAAGUAUCCAACAAGCCCACUGCUGAAGAGUUAAUAAGACACUGUCGACACCAAACACGAGGAGCUCAAGUGACCAGGCAGCUCAUUGAACAACUGUUGAAGGAGUUCAUAGAAGCUACAGACUUCAUGGGAAACAAACUGAUGGAGCGAGAGAAGAUGGAGGAAAUCUGGCGAGCUCAACAAUGUCAUCUUUCGUGCAUUCAGGAUCCUCCAGGUAUACAGCUUUACAAGAAGGUUAAAGAGGUGACCAGAGGAGGGCUCAGUCUGCCCAUAUACAACUGUGCACGUGGUGUCGGAUCAGUAGAGUUAUUUCACAAACAUCUGAACCAUUUCAUUCCAGGUAUAAGUGCAAAUGACUUGCACUUCCAUAUUUACUUGGUGGAUGGAAUAGUACAGUGGAACAAGUCCAGAUCUGCUGCUGCUGAGGAAGUCACUCCACUGCAGCGCUAUGCUAACCAUAUGAGCCAAAAGCUGCUAGGCUGUAAACUAGUUGAGGAUCACAACAGCCCAGAAGAGUACACUGGUGAGCUCAUGGGGGUGGAGUAUCUGUACUCUCAGACCAGCAGGGUGUUGGAGGUGGAUGAUUUCAUGGAUCCCGAUGCUCCAGACGAGAGUGAUGGACAGAUAGAGGGAGACCUGGAAGAUGAUGAUUCAGACAUCGAUCACCUCAGAUCACCAAAGUUCCUGGAGCUCAGCCUUAAACCACUUCACCAUGGUCAGUGUCAGGCAGUACUUCUGCAGUCCACUUCCUCCGGCACCCCCACAUCCCAGCCGGAUCCAAUCGUGUCUUCCACAUCUGGGCCCAUAAAAGAUGAGCCCAUCCCUGAGGACCAGUUCAUGCCACGGAGCUUUUUACAGGAGAAUGAGGAAGAGGAGGAGGAAAAGGGCAUUGGGCCUGAUGGUGUUCCAGGUUAUAAUCAUGUUAUUAACCUGGCUAACAGUCUGGUUGAGCUUAGAAGUCAUGGAUUUAUCACACAGCGAAAGGUGGAGGAGAUUGUUGCUCUAUGGGAUAAGCUGUCAGAUUAUGAUAAAGGUGGAGUCGUCCUCCCCGUUCAUCCAGAAGAUGGACUGCACUUCAGCAACCGCCACACUGAUGCCUUUGUGACUCCAUGCACCAAUGGUCUAAAGAACCGACUUGUUGCAGCUGUCUGCCUGGCUCUGUCACACAUCCACCCUGUGGAUCAGACGGUUGCUGGUGUGCGGGUGAGCAGGUGGACGGCCAUCCUUCGAGACUACAGCAUGAUCCGCAACAUCGUCCAGGACAGCCCUGCCAUCUCAUCUCGUACACGGAUACAGCUGCUGGAAAUAAACCAGAGGACACUGAGCCAGUGGUACAGUACCAAGGAGCAGUCGGUUUUGCACCAGUGGCUUGACAGCAUGAAGACUUCUGAGGCUUUACUUCCUCUACCACACAACAUUACAAAUCCUGUUCAUUAUGGACCUGCAGGUGAUGUGAUUAAAGUAGUGAUCGGGGUUCCCAGUCCAGCUAAUGCUGUGCCAUUACAGACAGAGCAAAGAGUUCUCACCACCAGACCUGCUUGUUCGAAAGUGCCCAGGACCACUGCUUGGCGCCGGAGGAAGGCAGAGGAAGAAGCUGCCCAGCGAGGUUUACCUCUCAAGCGGCUCUUCGAACAGUAUCUUUGUAAAAAGUGCGGCAACCCGAAAACAAAAGAGUUUGGGCACAGCCAGUUUCGCGGGGUCCACUUUUGUGCUAGAACUUCUGGGAAAACUGUAGAGCAAUGGAUGGAGGAGAUGAGGAGUGUACAAAAACAAAGUGAAGCAACACUUCCGUUCUUAACAAAAUAAAAUGGAAAGAAUCCACUCACUUUAUAGUCUAAAAUAGAUCUAUUUUUGUUCUUAAGAUAGCAUGUGGUUUGUGAAAUCGCAUUAAAGGCCUUUUUGUUUUAAGGUAAUAAAUAAAGGGCCUUUGCUAUUGUACCAAAGGCCAGCUAGUGAAGUGCUGUGCAGGGAAACCUCACUCCUCUGACCUCAAAAGUUGCUCUGGUGAUGCUAAAGGCCAUGGUCUUUAGCCUCCUAGUAAGAGCAACCGACUCCCAUGAAAAGAAUCGCCGGUUCGAUCCCAGCUCAGACCGGGUUGGGUGCAUUAGGACUGGUGGGUUAUACGAGGGCGCUCAUCCAGGAUAGGAUUGAGGUUUAGGAACCUGUGUUGGUAAACCUCACUCCUCUGACCUCAGGUGCUCUAGUGACAGAUGCUAAAGGCCAUGGUCUUUAGCUCCCUUGUAAGAGCAACCGACUGCCAGGCAUAAUCGCUGGGUGGAUCCCAGCUCAGACUGGGUUGGGUGCAGUAGGACUGGUGGGUUACACUAUUAACAUAAAAAGGAAAAAUACAUUCCCAAAAGAAAAAAAGAGUGGCGUACAUCCUUAUGUUUCUGUAUUAUUUUACCUAUUGAUUUAUAUGGCCAUUGAAAAAGUGUAUGUUUUAUUUCCACAGAGAAACAAAAACACAAUACCAUCCUUGUUGCUCAGGCAAACAAGUAACAGGUAAAAUUUCAAAAUUCUUUGUUAGGUAAGGUUAGUUAUGCUAUGAAAACAGAUUCAAGUAAGUCUUGCAUAUUAUAGACCCUUUUCACAAGACAGUGGUCAUCAGGAUCUUCAAUCCUCAAGUUUUUAAUAUUUAGAUUUUUUUGUAUGAAGUAUUCAGUACGAAGAUUCAUGAAGCUAUACUUUAUGAAUGAUCUUUUGCAUCAGUUUGAAAUAAACUGAGACUUUUGUAAGGUGUUUGUAAUGCAGGGUCUAUGGGCGGCACAGUAUGUUUGACAUUGUUCUCUCUUCUGGCUGCCAUUAUCAGUCUCAUAUAGUUUUUUUCCCUUUCUUAAAAGUCAUAAAACCACUAUCGUAGAGUUUUCCUUUUCUGAGUUGAGCAAUUUGAAAUGCAGAAAUGUAUUUUGUGUUAUUCUUCUGAUCACUGCUCUUUAAGUUAACUUCUACUGCUGAGAAACCUAAAAAUGUGAAAAGGGUCUAUCAUUAAACAUUUGUUCUUAGUAUCAGACAUUUAAAAAGGUUAUCAAACCGCUUAUAGGCCAUAACAAACAAAUGUCAAGAACUGUUUGAAGUAAUAGAGUAAAACAAUUCUGUAAAUGGUGAUCUCUCUUUGGAUCUAGUUGCCUCACUGUUGCGUUGUCGUGCAUGAAGGUCUCUUUGUCGUCAUCAGUCUUGUUAAGGCCUGCAAAAACUGUGAACAGACAUUUCACAUUCUAGAGCCACAACACUCACUCAGGAAAAUAAAUUGGGCUCAAGACUCUGUAGUAAAUUCUUCCUUUUUUCCAAAUCUUCUCCAUGUUUUGUGGAGAUAACAGGAGUCCAUUUUGUAAAGCCAUAAUAGUUUGUGGAAAGUUAAAGCAGGUCUCUGAAAUCAAACUGGUCAAUAUUUCACUUGCUCUCAGGUAAAUGGUUGCACAAGGGAAGAUCGGCCUGGAUUUUUGAAUGUGAAAAGCCAGUGCUAAUCAAUUUUCUUCAGACUCACUACUUGAAACUUGUGAGGGACAUUCACUUUCUUGGAGUGGAAUUGGAAUGUCCUGUACUAACCUGCCAAAAUGUGGAGAUGAUGGACACUCAGGACUCAGAAAUUUAUUUUGCAACACAUAUAAGGGAAAGCACUGGCGCUUUGGCAAACUCUUAUUCUUAUUAUUAUGAAGUCAUUUUUGACUUUUGUCAUCAGGUUUGUAUUUGCUGUAAAUAGUUCUAAAAAAUUUGUAUCCUUCUAUUUGCUUUAAUUUCAUGUAUUUUAUAUUGUAUUUUUUAUAUAUAGUUUUGAGUGUGAACUAUUCAAUAAAACAGAAUAAUACGUUUA